AGGGGGCAGCAGACGGCACAGCCCGGAAGUCCCCCUGUGGAGAAGAAGACGAGGCGGCAGAAGGCGGAAGUGCAGAGUUCCGGUGUCCUUGCGCGACAGAAGAUGUUCAGACACGUUCUUGCUUUGCGGCAGGUGGCCCGGCGGAGCUUCUCCAGCUCCACCCGCCGGGAGAUGAAGAACUCGGUCCCCGAGAAGCAGAAGAUCUUUCAGGAGGACAACGGGCUGCCGGUUCAUCUGAAAGGAGGCACCAGUGACGCUCUGCUGUACAGAGCAACGAUGACACUCACUGUGUUGGGAACUGGGUUUGUCCUGUACGAGCUGUGGAAGGCAGCCGUCCCUCAGAAGAAGUAGUGACUCCACUGUCUUAAGAACCGGCCUGUCGCUCUAUAUUGUAUUUAAAAAUGUAAAAACAACAAAUGCAAAGAUGCUCCUCCUCAUGUGUGGGGCCACAUGUUUCCAGAUGUGGUGGGAUAUUGUUUCAUGUUCAUGGGAUCAAUAUUUAUUUCUUGUACUCUAUCUCUGAUGACUUGUGGAUCAAUAAAAAAAUUCUCAUGACCAAAA